AUGGCCUUCCACACUGUGAUGCAUCACCACACCUUUAGAUCAAUGGACUGCACCUCUGACUUGUUCAAGACACUAUUCCCUGACUCAGAACUAGCCCGGAAGUUUGCACGUGCUCGCACCAAGACAGAAGCAAUUGUGAGCUCUGUGCUUGCACCACAGUCUGUGGAAUAUGCCCUGCAAGCAAUGAAAGACUACAACAUUCCAUACUGUGGAGUCUCAACGGAUGCAAGCAACCAUGACGAUCCACCUCCUGAGAUCCAGAAGUUCUUUGAAGACAGCUUCAGCGAGAUCUACCUCUGGCACAUGCACGCACUCUUGAGCAUGUUCCACAAAUACAUCGAAGAGCUGGAGCGUGAGAACAACUCCGUGGUGGAAGUGUUGAAAUGUUUGGACUCUGUCAUGUACGUCCUCCGUGAACGGGAGACCAACAAUUUUUUGUCUCUUAAAGUUAGGGAACUCCUGGGGAAAAAUCGCAGGGAGGGACUUGAUGCACGGUGUGACUCAUUCUGUGCCCAAGUAAAUCAGCAGUACAAGAGGUGCAUUGACUAUCUCCAGAAGUGGAUGAGACCCCUAGAAGAGUUCUCAAUAUUCAAAUGGAUUGCCCUGACUGAGGAACCAAAAUGGGCUGAUGUGCAGACUACCAUGGAGUACUUGACAGAGAAGGGAGUGGUCAUCAAUGAUGCGCAGGAAGGAGGAAUGGGAGGGGAGAAUACAACGUCAUGGACGAAGUUUGUUCUUGCUGGGCUUCAGCAUCAGAAGUCACCCACCACCUUUCUGGUUGUAAUUCUCUUCAUGUCCUGUGUUGCUCUGAUUGGGAACAACCUCCUUCUCGUUCUCAUUAAAACUGACCCUGGCCUUAAGACCCCAAUGUACUUUUUCCUCAGCCAGUUAGCCUUCAUGGACCUCUGCCAAAUCCUCUCCAUUGUUCCCCAAAUGACGGUGAAUUUUGCAACCCAGGCGUAUGGCAUUUCCCUCUAUGGUUGUGUCGUCCAGAUUUCUGUCACUCUGGCCCUGGGAGGAGCAGAAUGCCUCAUUCUGGCUACCAUGUCUUAUGACCGGUACGUGGCUAUAUGCAAGCCUCUGCAAUAUCCAGUCCUCAUGAGGAGAGAAAUCUGUUAUGGGAUGUCAGUGGGAGUCUGGUUUUGGUCUUCUGUACAGGCGUUGACAUGUUCCCUGUAUGUAUUGCCUCUUCCCUACUGCAAGUCCAAUGUAAUUGAUCAUUACAUGUGUGAAUAUCCAGCCCUUGUGCAGUUGUCCUGCUCGGACACUUCUGCAUUUAAAAAAGCUACCUACCUUGGGGAUUUUCUAGCAUUUCUCCUCCCUCUCUCAGUCAUUCUUUUUUCCUACCUGGCCAUCCUCUUGCAGGUCCUGAGAACACGCUCCUCUGAGAGAAGCCACAAGGCCUUAGGGACCUGCUUGUCCCAUUUGUGUGUAGUGGGGCUCUUCUAUGGAACAGGAAUUUUGGUGUAUAUGACACCUGAAUCUGCUUUUUCGCCACAGAAGGCCAUGAUUAAUACAGUGUUUAUUACAAUUGUACCUGCCCUGACGAACCCUUUCAUAUACAGUCUGAGGAAUCGGGAUGUGUUAGCAGCACUGAGAAAACUCUUUGGAAGACAUAGGUUCCACAAAUGA